AUGGCACCAAUCCAACCUGAUGAGAGAGCAGUAUACAUGGCACUCCGACAUGUACUUGUUGCUGGCGAUUCUCAGCUGAGAGCGUUAAAGAGAAUCAAAGAAAAGAUUCGGUUGCAGAAUUCCGCCGCGCUUACAGCACUGGUCCAGGAGCACAACCUCGAAAAUGUCGCGAAUGUUGCAAAGCGUCUCUUGGAGGACAAGAUCUUUCAGUCCACGUCGAAGGCUAAGCUGCGAUUUCCCGAACUGUUCGAAGCGUCCGUUACCCAAAGCGCUGGUCGUGCCGAUCCCGGGCAGGAAGUCAUUGGAGCGGAGGAUGAUAGCCACAAACGAGCAGCAGAAGAUCACCAACGAACGCAGACAUCCGCUUGUUCGCUGAUGGACUGUUCUGGUACGGAUACAAUAACAUCCUCUCACAAAAUGUCGCACGCAGAAAUUACUGCUUGUCUGCCGUCACUAUAUCCUGUGUACUUGGCAAUGAGGACUCAGCAUUUGUUAAUGAAUGAGCUUCAAACCAUUCUGGAGAAAGCGUCUUACGAGUUUGGACUUGUCAACAUGCCAAAUCUCUUACAAGAGCGAGGGUGGACCUGUGCAGAAUGUGUUGAGCUCAAUGAGUGGCUGAAGAUCAUGGCCAGUUUUGAGGGAAAGAUGUCAGAGGAGGCCAUCAGAACUAACGACAAGCCAUUAUCUGGUCUUCUCACAGACAUGGCGCAAAUCCGACAUAUCGCUGUACACAGAGUGCCAGUGACUGCGGACCAGAUCGAAGUUUUCCUGGCUGAUGCUGAAUCGCUCGCAAGAGUGCUUGACAAUGACAUUCGCGGCGAGAUGAUCGCGCAGUUACGUCGAGAGACAAAAUUCGCCGUGGAUGAGAUUAAACGAAACAAGGACGUGCUACAGUCUCGAAGCGUGGAGACAAUGGGGCGGAUCCGGCGUCAGCAAGCAGAGCUGGAGUGCGAGCUUCGGAGAGCGAUCGAAAAGAUGCUGCGGGAAGACAAGGAAUUUCAGCUCGUUAAGGGGGAAGCUCUCGAGCAGGAGAUCCGUUUUGCGGCAAGUGCCAAACCAUCUGUGGGUUCUGAGCCGGUCGAAGAGGCUACAGAAUCAUGGCGAUGGUGGUAA